CGCGCCCCGGCAUGGGCAGCCGCGGGGCCCGGCGAUGAGCGCUCCCGCGGCCGCGACCCCCCGCGCGAAUAUGGGCACAGCCGUGUCCAAAAGGAAGACGCUCAGGAACGAGGCCAUGUCGUCCGUGGCGGCCAAAGUGAGAGCGGCGAGGGCUUUUGGAGAAUACCUUUCACAAAACCAUCCUGAAGGCAGAAAUGGCUCAGAUCACCUGCUAGCAGACUCCUACAUCGGGCAGGAGGACUCCCCUGAGAUGCAGCAGGUGGCCCAGAACAAGCGCAGGCUCUCGGUCAUCUCGGACGGCAAAUUCGAGAGGAGCUUCACCGAGGAGCAGGCGGAGAAGAUGCCGAGCGAGGGCCCCAAGCCACGAGUCUACACCAUCUCUGGUGAGAGGCCGAUGCUGUCGGAGCACGAGAAUGACAGCAUGGAACUGGUGGUGAUGAAGGGGGCUGCCCACGAGGAGUGUCACCACGGCCACCACGCGCACGGCGCCGGCGGCUCGCACGGCGUCCGGCACUGCAAGGCCUGGCCGGGCGGCCGCCAGGGCUCCAAGGAGUGCCCCAACUGCUCCAGGCUGGCUGCCCCUUCCCAGCAGUCCAUUGAGCUGGAGCAGCACCCACCUGGUGAGGCUGGGUGGCACAGGAAAAGGCUGGAGAGGAUGUACAGCGUCGAUCGAGUGUCUGAUGAUGUCCCCAUACGAACCUGGUUCCCAAAAGAGAACCUCUUCAGUUUUCACACUGCUACUACAACUAUGCAAGCGAAUUUUCGGAAGCACCUCCGCAUGGUGGGGAGCCGAAGGGUUAAAGCACAAACAUUUGCCGAACGGCGUGAGAGGAGCUUCAGCAGGUCCUGGAGUGACCCGACUCCCAUCAAAGCUGAUUCCUUCCAUGACUCUCGAGAAAGCCAUGACCUUCAGGAUUCCUGCGGGACUCUGGAUGGUGACUUUGACUUGAACUGGGAAGCAGAAAAGGAACUUGAAGCCAUGGCAUGUGACGGAGAAGACUUUAUUCCACCAAAAAUAAUGCUCAUUUCUUCCAAGGUGCCCAAAGCAGAGUAUGUCCCAACAAUUAUCCGCAGGGACGACCCCUCCAUCAUCCCCAUCCUCUACGACCAUGAACACGCCACCUUUGAUGACAUCCUGGAGGAAAUAGAGAAGAAACUGAACAUUUAUCGGAAAGGCUGCAAAAUCUGGAAGAUGCUGAUAUUUUGCCAGGGAGGCCCCGGGCACUUAUACUUGUUAAAGAACAAAGUCGCCACUUUCGCCAAAGUGGAGAAGGAGGAAGAUCUGAUCCUCUUCUGGAAGAGGUUGAGCCGGCUGAUGAGUAAAGUCAAUCCUGAACCAAAUAUCAUCCACAUCAUGGGCUGCUAUGUUCUUGGAAACCCCAAUGGGGAGAAGCUAUUUCAGAAUCUGAAAAACUUAAUGAAUCCUUAUAGGGUUGCCUUUGAGUCUCCACUUGAACUAUCAGCUCAAGGUAAGCAAAUGAUUGAGACUUACUUUGACUUCCGCCUUUACCGCCUCUGGAAGACCCGCCAGCACUCCAAACUGUUGGAUUACGAUGACAUUUUAUGAGCUGGAGAAGACUUUGCAAGAGGAAGCUCAUCACCAGUGUCCAAGAAGUCAUGCUUUAUUGCAGAGAGACUUUUUUAUUGGCACAGGGAGCCCUUCACAGCCCUACAGGAGGCAGCAGUGCUAAAGGGAGGGAAGGAGGAGCCCUCGGAAGUGUCGGCAGGAAAAGUCUCCUGGGCCAAGAGAGACUGGAGGGAAGGGGGUGACAGUGACACCUCGCUGGCCUCAGUCCGAGCCGUGCGGCCUCAGGAGGAGCUGUGUGAAACGAGGACAGGAUGGAGUUCCUGGCAGAACUGAGCUGUUUUGGGUCAGAAUGGGCCAGAUUUGAUUCCAGGUCCUUUUAAAGACUUUUGAAGCUCAGGUUUUCUUACAAAAAAAACCACAAACCCAAUUAACCCAUGCACUACAGCGAAGAAGUCACCAGAGCACAGAGGAAGCAGGGGGUUGUCGUGGUGGGACUUUCUGUGCUGGGAGUCCUGGAGAGCAAGGACUGCUACACCUACUCCUGCAAGCUUAGAGCAAGAUGAUCCCGUUUCCAUGUGAAUAUAUACUGGGAUAUAGAAUUGAUAUCUUCUUUUUUGUUCAUUUGUUUGUUUUGUUUAAUAGAAAAUAAGUGCAAUUUUUAUAGCAAGGGAGGGGGUAAAAUCCCUCCUGAUAUUCAAUUAGUUAAAAAUAACACACCAUAACCAAUAGAUGAGGUAUUUUUGGUCUGCUUGAAAAUAUAUUCAGAAUGGUAAUAUAUCUUCUGUAGACAUAUUUAAUCACCAGCAAACAUGGUUUUAACAUAAGUUAGCAGACCCUGCAUGUCUGCUGCAUUGGUUUGGUUCCUUUCAGAGUAGCUGUGCUGCACUACCUGUACGUGCUCUCACGAAUGUGUAGUUCUCCUCCAGUUAGCCACAACUUCAUUACUUUAUAUUUUGCUGCUUGCAAAACUAUGGAAGUUUAGUUUUGCUGAAAUACUUUAGGUUAGAAACACGGGACCUGGCUGGGAAGCCUCCGUCAGGCUCGCUUUGGUAUAAAAAUGAAUUAGAAAUUAAUAGCCAUGGUAAUUAAUUGUUCAUGCCAGUGUUUUGCUGUGUGUUGGGAGAGGAGCUCUCUUCCUGUGUGGAGACCCCUCUGAGGGGGCUGAGCACUGAGGCAUUUGGGAGAAAUCCUUCUGGAGGGACACAGCACAGGCUUGGAGCAUGAGUUUGACUCUUCCCUGUUCACUUGAUUGCCAGUUGUUUGUGCAUAACCCAGCCCUUUUCCCCUGACCUGUUUCUUGGUCUGAGCUGCUCACCCCUUCCUGUGUAGGACAGAGAAAACCCCAGGCUCUGUCAGAGCAGCCUGAGAGCCCAGGUCUGUACUUGAUAUUUGAUGGUACCUUUUGGAAUAUUUAUUUUGUUUGGUUAGGUAAGAGGGUGCUUUUUCGGUUUUGGGAAUGGGGCUUUUUUCACAUUCUGCUGUCCUUUCAGGGCACAAAUAGUACUUCACUGGCAAUUCUGGGAGGUGACACAAGUUAUUUCUUUUACAAGCAAAGGAAGUAACAGGGAAGGAUUACCUUAUUUUCCUGAUCUCCUGGUAUGUCAAAUUUGUUGAUUGUGAAGUGAAGGAAAAUACAUGUACAAAUCUUCUUUUAACUACUUACAAAGAGAACUUGGUGUUCUGAUCUGUAGAGUCCUCCUUCCCCUGUGCCAUACCUGUGGUUGUGAUUUUGGGGAGAGCUGACUAGAACUGCUGAACCCUUUACAUUUAGAGCAGUUUUAUAGCAAAACUUUUGAAGAAAUAAUGUAUAUACAGUAAGGAGAGGAAUGGGUGGAGAGAGGUAGUUUAAAGUCACUGAAAGCCACACAGACAGGUGUGGGCUGUUGCCUCCCUCAGGCUGGGAGCUUUGGUAGCCAUGUCUCAUCCCUGGACUCAGUCAGGUUUGCCAGACUUACAGUGAAGGGGAGAACAGGCACCAGUCUGUAGCUUUUGGAAGAAAAUGCCAGAUAUAAAGGAAAAAGAACACCGAAUUUAUGCCAAUUACUGUUUAACAUUGGAGCUUCUACCAACUCUGAGGUGAGAGGUGGGAGCCAGAGGUGCACUGAAAGCACAAAGUCAUGUUAUCUGGAGAAGGAAAUGGUUGUGGGAGGAUUAAAAUGCUGACACAAAACUCUCUCCCUUUCUGACCCUUUUACCUCCUAACUGGAGACAGGCAAACUGUUCUUCCUUUCUCAAAUCCCAAUUCAGUGAACUUGGUAGCAUGAAUGUAGCAUUGUGCAACUAUUGAAAAUCAUAUUUAACCCCCAAAGGGCCCAUUUAUGUAUCCACUUGAGCGAUUUCUCUGUAGAAUUGUUGUAUAUCCUCACUGACCACUUGUACGUGGGGUGCAAAGUAGAAGGUAGAUUGUACAGUAAUUUCUGUGUUGGAAUGGACACUGUGGACCGUUCUCCUGGUGCAGUUUAUGGGAUAUGACAACUGAUGAAUGCAUUUCCCUCCAAAGAUCUAUAUUCCUCAUACCUUGUGAUGUUUAUGACAUGAACAUAUUUUUUCCUUUGUAGCAUUCAUAUGCCUAAAGAGAUGAAAUUCUCUCAGAGCUGUGACUGGAAUAGAGUUGUGAUGUUUGA